CAGGCCAGCGGCCAACAUAAGAUUUAGUCCCUCUCCCACAAGAGACGGGCAGAAGGAGAAGUUCAUCGUCUUUUCCUUCCAAUAAGCUUCCCCCCAAACUUUCGGCUGCUGAAUCUGCGAAUCUCCCGUGUUCGCUCAACCAUGGCGUCGAUCGCAAGAUGGAGGCCAGCUCUUCUUAUACUCUUACUGCAAUUCUGUCUUUUGGUUCGCUCUCCUGUGCUUGCGAUCUCACCUGGGUCUGUCGAUGGUUACACUAUCAAUGGUCGAAUUAAGAUCCCAGUAGCAAAAGGUUUUGGUGCUCCUGUGAAAAUAUCAAAUGUCAAAGUCAUACUGAAUGGUGGCCAAAAUGUUACCUUUUUGAGGCCUGAUGGAUACUUCUCAUUCCAUAAUGUUCCCGCUGGGACACAUUUGAUUGAAGUGUCAGCAACUGGCUAUUUCUUUUCUCCGGUCCGAGUUGAUGUUAGUGCUAGAUUCCCGGGAAAGGUUCAGGCAGCGUUGACUGAGAACAGAAGAGGUCUUACUGAGUUGGUUUUGGAGCCAUUGAGGGAAGAAUAUUACUAUGAGAUCAGAGAACCAUUCUCCAUAAUGUCACUUGUCAAAAGCCCAAUGGGACUGAUGAUAGGGUUUAUGUUAGUUGUGGUGUUCUUGAUGCCCAAAUUAAUGGAGAACAUGGGAUCCUGAAGAAAUGAAGCGAGCGCAAGAAGAAAUGAGGAACCAAGGCAUUCCCUCGCUGUCAAAUUUCUUGCAGCCAGCUGCAGCAGCUGCUACUGCUAGGAGUGGUUAGAGAUUUUACUUCCGAGUUCAAUCAUUCAUGUUCCGAUUCGGUACUGGUUGAUUCCAAAGUUAACUAUUCUACGAACGUUCUGUAUUUUAUAACAUUGCAAAAACUUGUUAAGACACUGGGAAUGCAAGAAACUACUCUAGAAUAGCGUACACUUGUCAUCUUCGAAUGAGUGUUUUGUAAGGAAUACCAGCCAUUAUUCUAAUGUUGCACAAUAGAGACUUGGUGUAAAAAUGUUUAGUAUGAUAGUUCCAUGUUGGGUGGGUCGAAAUUCGAAUAGACUUUGAAGAUUAUUGAGUUUUGUCGCUACAGACUUUUUCUUUUUAUUAUGAAAUGGUCAUUCACCCACGAAA